AUGCAAGGGGAUAAUUCUGAAGCAAUAUAUGUAAUUGAGUGGGAAGAUGACGGACAGGGACCCAGUGGGGUAGUUAUAGACGGGACUCAAUAUGGUACACAUCUAUUUAAGGAUCCAUCUAGCAAGGAUAAAAAGCUAGUUAGUUGCAAGCAUUGCUUGAAACAAUUCGAAAAUGUAGAUACUAGAUCAAUUGUACUUCACAUGAAUAGAAUUCAUCCACAAGUUCGUAGAGAUAUGACGUAUGAGGAAUACAUGAGACUAUUUAAGCCAUCAUUAAUGAAACAUGCACAUGGAAUAGAAAAAAAUAUGGAGAAAUCAUUUGCAAUAGACCUUCGAAAAUAUGUGCUAUGCCCAGAGAAUUAUCAAGAGGUUCUAUAUUAUGACGAGACAGCUACCAUUAUAUAUGACAAAUUUCCUAAAUCUGAGGUCCACUUAUUGGUAUUACCUAGAAACUAUCGGGUUAGCAAUUCUCAUCCUACACUAAUAAGUUCAGAAACGAAAGCUAAACUAGAAUGGCAUAUCGAAUGGGUUAAGCAAUUCAUAUGGAAACAGUUCACUAAACGAUACAAGAUUACACAAACUGAUCUAAGUAAAGAAAGGUUCUUGCAGGAAUUCAUUCAAUAUGGGGUACAUAGUGUUCCUUCAAUGGCAAAUACGCAUAUUCAUAUGAUGACCAGGGAUUUCCACAGUGAAAGAUUGAAGAACAAAAAGCAUUUCAACUCAUUUAAUUCCCCAUUUUUUAUCCAUUGGGACAAAUUGCCUAUGACCAAAGAUUUAUCUGAUAAAGAGAUUAAUGAUAGAUAUAUUAAGAACUAUGAUAUGAUAUGCCCAUACUGUAGCUCUAACUUUAAAAAUCAAUUCUCCAAAUUGAAGGUACAUCUAGCGGAGGAGUUUUCUAAGAGGUUUGUAACCAACGUAGAAAAAUGA